AUGCCUCGGCCGGGCAAGAGCUCGUACAGUGAUCAGAAGCCUCCUUAUUCUUACAUCUCGCUGACGGCCAUGGCCAUCCAGCACUCGAGUGAGAAGAUGCUCCCCCUGAGCGACAUCUACAAGUUCAUCAUGGAGCGCUUCCCUUACUACCGCGAGCACACCCAGCGCUGGCAAAACUCGCUCCGCCACAACCUCUCCUUCAACGACUGCUUCAUUAAGAUCCCGAGGCGGCCCGACCAGCCCGGCAAAGGCAGCUUCUGGGCGCUGCACCCGGACUGCGGGGACAUGUUCGAGAACGGCAGCUUCCUCAGGCGCAGAAAGCGCUUCAAGGUGCCGCGGCCGGAGCCCCACAUGCCAGCGGCGGCGGGACAUCCAGACUCGGCGGCGGCCAUGGCGGCGGCGGCGGCAGCGGCCGUAGGAAGGCUGCCUCAGUUCCAGCCUUACAGCCCGGCUCCUGGCUUCAAGCAUCCCUUCGCCAUCGAGAACCUCAUUGGCCGAGACUACAAAGGAGUGAUCCAGGGCGGUGGGUUGCCCUUGGCUUCCGUAAUGCACCACCUGGGCUACCCAAUGGCCGGUCAACAGAUCAGCACCAUGGUCAGCUCGGUGUGGCCCCACGUGGGCAUGAUUGAGCCUGCCGGUGGCAUUCCUCUUUCGCCAGGAGAAUACGGACCUUUCGGGAUGCCGGUCAAGACCAUUUGCCACCCAUCGACACAAACACUGCCUGCAAUCCCUGUGCCAAUCAAGCCCACCCCGUCUAUUGCGCCAUCCACUGCCAUCUCUGCCCUGACGGUCAGCCAUGUCACACAGCAGCUCUGUCAGACCACAUCUCCCAGUGUCUCCUCUUCCCUUCUUGAACAGAUUCCACCGAAUUCCUCCAAUGGCAAAAUCUCCUUACAUUCUGCCUUGGUACACUCAUAG